AUGGGAUCCGGUAUAGAAGAUGAAGAAGAGGAGGAAGAUGAAGAGGAGGACGCUGAGAUUGUGGGGGAGAUUGUGGGGGGGGAUUUGGCGGGUGAGGGUGGUAAUGCUAGCAAGAGCACGGGUGGGGCUCUUGGUGGGGGAACCAAGCGAGAGAACGGGGAGGAUGAAGAAGAGGGAGAGGAGGGAGAGAGGCGUGAGAAGGGAGAGGAGAACGAGAGGGAGGAGGAGGAAGAACUAGAAAAAGUUGCUCUUGCAGGGAGGAGGCGAAGCACAGAUGCCGAGCGAGGCAAGGGAGAGGAUUCUGGUGUGGUAGAGAGAGAAGAGAAGGCGACAGAAAGCGCUGGGAGCGCGUCAGGUUCGGAACGUGGCUCGGUUUCAGGCUCGGCAUCAGGUUCGGCGUCAGGUUCGGGGCUGGCUUCGGCGGAUGGAGCAGUGCAUGGGAGGGAUGAUUCGGAGGGCGAGUCCCAACCUGCUCCGCGGAAGUGCAACUUUUCCACUGUUGCUGUCUUGCAUGGCAGAGGGAGACCCUCGCCCAAGGCAGAGGUGCACCAACCAAUAAUCUCCUCCUCCAGUCCCCUUCACGACCCCCCCAACACCCUUGACCGCCCAAGGCAGAGGCGCACCAGCCAAUCAUCUCCUCCUCCAGUUCGCCCCAUGACCCCCCCGACACCCUUGACGCCUCUCACACUCUUUCUUCCCCUCCUCUCCCUGCUUUCCCGUUUCGCCCUGUGUCCCUUCUCUCCCUCCUUUCCCCACCCAGCGCCCAAGGCAGAGGUGCACCAACCAAUCAUCUCCUCCUCCAGUCGGCCCCAUGAUCCCUCUGACACCCAUGACGCCGUCUCACCAUCCCUCCCUGGGGAAGAAGGCUGCGCUGAGGAUAUUCCCCUGACACCCUUGACGCCUCUCACACUCUUUCUUCCCCUCCUCUCGUUUCUUUCCCGUUUCGCCCUGUGCCCCUUCUCUCCCUCCUUUUUCCCCACAGCGCCCAAGGGAGAAUCGCACCAACCAAUCAUCUCCUCUUCCAGUCCACCUCACGACCCCCCCGACACCCUUGACGCCGUCUCACCAUCCCUCCCUGGGGAAGAAGGCCGCACUGAGGAUUUUCCGGGCAGUUCUGGUGCUCGUGCUACACUCGGGCAGGACGGGCGUGAGGGAAAGGAGGAGGCAGGGGAGAAUGAUGGGCAGCAGGAGGGGAAGGAGGGCGGAGGAGAACGCGAGAGUGGUAGGGAUGGGUUGGGGGUAGGGAAGGGGCCUUAUCAGGAGGAAGAUUCGGGGGCGUAUAAGGGGGAGGAUAAAGGAAGGGAUAAGGGCAAGGAGGAGGGGGAGAGUGAGGGGAAGGGUCAUGAGGAGAAGGAGGGAGAGGUUGCAGGAGGGAAAGCCAAGGGGAAUGGAGGGGGGAGCGGAGGAGGGGCAAGAGGAGGGAAAGGAGGAGGGUUGCUGGGAGGAGGGAGUGUGGUUCUGAAUGUGGGCGCUGUGCCUAGAAAGCUUUUCUCCUUCAUGCCACGAUCUUCCUAUGCUAAGCUCAAGUUGGGAGCACAUGCAGGCCUGACACCCCUCAACACCGCAUUAACAUCCUCCACUGAUGAUCCUACGCCCAUCGCCACACCUAUAGCCACACCCAUACCAACACCCAUCCCCAAAACCGUACCCCCUCGCAUCCCCACACCCAUCCGCACCACUGAAUCCGCUGCUACUGCUGCUGCCACUGCUGCUGCCACCACUGCAAGCACUGCAGACAGCAAUGCAGCAGGGAGAUUGAACCUGGACCUACCCACGCCUCGCUUCCCCUUGUUCUCUCCUGCGGCGCUCCAGUCCCCUGCUGGAGACCUAGCCUCCUUUGCCCCCUUCCGCACCACCACAACCACCAGUGGUGGGGUUGCAGGUGGAGGGGAUUUCUUAGCUGUUAAGAAAAUCGCGCCACCAGUGCAGCAUUCGGCAGCACCUCGCGGCCCUCUUGCUCCUGCUGGUGACUUUGCCGCGUUUGCUGCCUUUGGGAGCACUGCUUCCGACCCUUCAAGUCUAAACACGAGUCAGGAGCAAUCGCUGGUGGAAGGGGCUCAGCUGCAGGUGGAUCUUCAGGUGGUUUUUCUGGUGGGAAUGUGA